AUUUUAAUUUCAUAAUAUGCAUGUAUAUAAGUUGUAUUAAUAAAAAAAUAAAAAUAAUUAAUACACAUAUUUUAUUAGUCAAAAAGUUCACAUAUAAUAAAUUACAUAACAUAAAUAAGCAAUAAAAUUAUACUAGUUAUCACAAUAUUCAACAAAAUAGGUUAUUCAUUUCUUUUGACAUGAUGUUUGCUAUGAUAUUUAUGAUUUUGAGUAGAAAAUUUUUUAAAUUUUACCUUUCUUUUUCCUUCAUUCACCUUUACUAAUGUAAUUUUGUAAACUUCGGGAGAUACCAACUAGGCAUUAGCUGUUGAAGUUGUCGCGAAUUCUAUAUGAGGCACUACUUUUGAACGUCCGUCCAUUACGGGGAAAAAGCCCAGAAAAAUGAAGAGAGCAGAAUAUUAUUGGGGUGGUAGUAGUUUUCUUAAGCCAAAAGGUAUCCAAUCCAUGUCAUCGUGGUUGACCCUACUCUGCCUCUGCCCCUUUUGCCUAUGUGCUUAUUCUGGAAAGGAGAAGCCUUCGGCUUACGAAGCUCUUGAGCAAUACGACUUUCCUGUGGGUCUUCUUCCACAGGGUGCAACCGGCUAUGAUUUGAAGCCCAACACCGGUGAGUUCUCGGCUCAUCUAAAUGGCACCUGCAGCUUUUGGCUGACGAAUUUAUACAAGCUGAGGUACAAGUCCACCAUAUCCGGAGUGAUAUCGAAGGAUCGGCUCACCAAACUCAGAGGUGUUAGCGUUGAAGUGCUGAAGCUGUCGUUGAAGAUAGUGGAGGUAAGACGGAAUGGGGAAGAUCUUGAGUUCUCGGUUGGUAUCACCUCCGCCAAGUUUCCGGUCCGUGAUUUUGAGGUGUCUCCCCGGUGUGGAUGUGGGUUUAAAUGUGUUACAGGUGGUGGUGAUUGGAAAAAUAACUGGUAUCUGUCUUCGUCUUUACACUACUGACUUGUUAGGGGAGAUUUUCACUUCAAAGUUAAAUCAUCACUUUUUUACAGUCCAUUCGGAUUUGAAUUAGCAAAAGAGUCUGCAAUGAAAGCAAAUAGGUAAUGAGUAUUUGUUGCCGCGCCGGGGCGGGCAUCCUGUAUAUUCUAUACAGUCCAUCACUUUGUUAAAAAUAUCGGCGACUGUGCAAUUUGUGGCUUGUGUGGGAUUACCGGUGGUGGAACUUGAAACCCAAGCCCAAGCCCAAGCCCAAGCCCAAGCCCAAGCCCAGGGAGUCCAGAUUGCGUCCGUUGAAGUUCAGUCUGACACUUGAGAACGGGACCCAACGACAAUCAAUCCUAAAUAUUCAUUUCCUGAGUUAGGACAGCACCUCGCAGGUUUUUUUCGAUAAAAAUGCACUGACCAAUGUGUUUCACGAUGUUUUUAAUUUUUUAGCCUUUUUUUAAUCGAAAAUUUUGAGCUUAUUAGUUAUC